AUGGCGAAUCGAACAGUGAAAGACGCUAAAUCAAUUCGAGGAACAAAUCCUCAAUAUUUAAUUGAAAAGAUUAUUAGAUCUCGAAUUUACGAUUCUAAAUAUUGGAAAGAAGAAUGUUUUGCAUUAACAGCCGAAUUACUAGUCGACAAAGCCAUGGAGUUGCGAUAUGUCGGCGGGGUUCACGGGGGUUUUAUUUACCCCACUCCUUUUUUGUGUUUAGUGCUAAAAAUGUUACAAAUUCAGCCAGAGAAAGAUAUUGUCGUUGAAUUUAUAAAAAACGAAGAAUUUAAGUACGUCCGUGGAUUGGGUGCCUUUUACAUGAGACUUACAGGUUCCUCAGUUGACUGCUAUAAGUAUCUUGAGCCUUUGUAUAAUGAUAAUAGGAAAUUACGGCGGCAAAAUCGCCAAGGACAGUAUGAAAUAGUCCACAUGGAUGAAUUUAUUGACGAGUUAUUACGUGAAGAACGCUUGUGUGAUGUAAUUUUACCGAGAAUACAAAAAAGACAUGUCUUAGAAGAAAACAAUGAAUUAGAUCCUAAGGUUUCAGCAUUAGAUGACGAUUUAGAUGAGGAAAUGCCUUCAGAUGAAGAUAUUGUAGAGCCAGAAAUCAAAGAGAACAGGAGAGAGAGUGAUAGGAAGGACAGAGAAAGAAGAAGAGAUAGAUCGCGUGACCGACUUAAAAUAAUUAAUGAUCGACGCGAAAAAGAUCAUAAAAGAGAUCGUUCAAGAAGUAGAGAUCGCGACCGAAGGCGUGAAAGAGAACGUGAACGUGAAAGGGAGAGAGAACGACCAAGAGAAAGAGAACGGGUUAAAGAUAGAAGAGAUCGCCAUGAACCUGAAAGGAGAAGAGACAGAGGCCGAUAUUAA